CAAGUCCGGGAACCGACACCUCUCACCCAUUGUCCAUGUUGGUUCCGCAAAUACCCUUGGGUCUGUUCCUGCUACUCCUCCGGGGCUGCAGUGGGGUUCCCCUAAAUGGACCUUGCGGGGAUCAUGAGGAGCGCGCCUGCCUGCCAUGCCGUGAGCCAACUUGCUCCCAACCCUUCGUCAACGAGCCGCUUUGCCGCUUUAUUAGCCUGUGCCACCUGGGAUGCGGAUGCAGUUUCGGAUAUUUGCGAGACGAUGACACCAACCGAUGUGUGCCCAACCACCAAUGCGACACCUCACAGCGUCCUCUUCCGCUGCCACUUCCUUUAUGGAAAUAAGGUCCUCAAAGGGUGAUAGGUUUACAGCAGAAAAAGAAGUAGGAUAACCUUACUAUCUAUACUUUACUUGCAAAGUUUUCAUUGAUGUUUUAUUGGUUUAAAAUUAAUUGGAAAUGUGAAUUUGCACUAAAUAAGCUAUAAAGCCAAUGGAUGAGACUAGGA